UUGUUACAGAAAUUUUCUCUUUAUUCCAGAAUCGGUAUGAGCCUUCAUUAGAUAUUAAUGUAUGAAUUGUAUCAUUAAUCUCAGGAAGUAUAGUUUGCAAAGGACGUGGUGGAUGUGCUUCAACAAGGUUAUCCUUGUCAAUUCUGAUAUUUCUCCCGUCUCCUACUAAGUAUCGAGUUCCUUUUUUGAGGACUGAAAUUCCUUCAAGUAUAGUGAUGACCAACCAUAGGAUUGAUAAGAACAAGCUUUUGCAUCUAAUAUGGAGUUAUCUAGUAUUUGGCCUUCAUUAUGCUAAGAAAAGAGGAAUACCAUGGAUUGCUUGGCUAAUAAGGCAUCAUUGAAUUUAGCAAGAUCUCUGAACCAUAGACUGCCCUCCUUUUUUGAGUAUUGAAGUCUUUUCCAAGCAAUCCAUGGUAUUCCUCUUUUCUUAGCAUUAUUCUCCCACCAAUAGUUCAUAAGGACACUUUCUAUUUCUGAGAUGACUCCCGCCGGUAAUUUGAAACAUGACAUAGCAUAGACCGGCAUUGCCAUAGCAACAGAUUUGAGCAUUAUUUCAUUCCCCGCCGGCGAUAAAAACUUUGCACUCCAACUAGCUGUUCUUUUCUUGACUCGUUUCAAUUAUGUAAUCAAACAUUUCUCUUUUUUUUUUUCUUCCAAACUGUUUUGGCAAUCCUAAAUACUUUCCUCCGCCACCAUGUUUAUUGAUUCCCAAUAUCCUCUUUAAUCUGUUUUGAGUGGUUCCAUGAACCCCUGAUCCAAAAGUUAUCAUCACUUAUGUUUUGUCUAAGCGACGAACUAAGAGCCUAAUUAGGGUUUUUCAUAGUUUAGGUAUCUGUUUUUGUUGGCAACAUGUAAUGAAGAUUAAUUUGAUUUAAUGAACUUCAGAUUCUCUAUACUCGAAUUUCACAUUAACAUGAUUUCAUUUACAAGUUUGAUUUUAUUAUGCGACACAUAUCUCAUGCAACACACAACACAACACUGACUUAAAACCAAAUUUUGUUUGAAAUAAAAGAAGCAUAUUUGAACUUUUGAAGGUGGCUUAGUAAUUUAUCCAACACCAGACUUCAGCAUGAUCACUACCAAAGUUUACUUCUUAUUGUUAUAGCAAAUAUUAAUUACAGUUUUCAGAAAGAUUCUGUUUUCUUUUUUUUUGUUCGUGGAAUAAUUAAGCUAUAAAAACCACAUAAUAAACCGGCAAAAAUAAAAAAAAAAAUAAAAAACAAAAAGGAGAAAAGGAAACAAGAACCGAAAAAUGGAAAAAGUGGAGAUAAAAAGGAAAUUGCAUAAACGCGUUAGAAGUUAGAACAAAUUAUAAUCAGACCUAUGCUUAUAAAAACAUAACAUUACACUUUAAUUCUCCACAAUUUCGUAUCCAAUCUCUUACGAAUCAUCUUUUCUCUCUGGUUUUGUUUAAUUUCACUCCGACAAUGGAUACUGAAACUAUCAAACUCGAUGUUCAUGUAACCGCUUGGUUUCGUACUCCAUUGUCAGGGUUCUUAAGCAGUGUAAUAAUCAGCCGAGACAGAGAGUUCGAGGAAUUUAUCAUAGACGGGCACGAUGAUAGCGUCACAAGUCUCGGAUCUUACCGGGAUCCUUCUCGAGGUCCCGACCCACUAAUCUUUCUAAACUUCCAAAACUUCGAACCAAACUACGUCUAUCAACUUCUCCAAAGCCAACUACACGAUCAUGUCUUGUCCGAACAAAUAGCUGGUCAGAUUUUAGUCGAAGCCCAACGACUAAGAAGUCAAAGUUCUGAAUUGCCACAACAACCUUUAUUCAUGAUGGUCUCCGUCAAAUUGACACAGAAAGGAUACACUUUCGGGACUUGUAACUCUGCUACUUCGACAACAGAUUUAGACCACGAGAGCGAAGAAGACGAAUCGGAGACAUGAACCCAUCUGUCAAAUGCCUAAUUGUUCGAAUCUGUUUCAUGAAGAAUGUGUCGUUAGUGGUUUGAAUCUGACAUAAUUACGAACCACAAGACUGAAACAGAGUUUAGGGUUUCAAUACAUGUUUUAUUUUUGUGUGGUUGUAAUGAUGUAGUUAACAAGAGUGAAACAGAGUCUAAUUAGGGUUUCACUUAUGUUUUAGUGUAAUCUUUGUCGUAGAAUUUUAAGAUGCUAAUUAGGGUUUUCUCAUUGUUUAUGUCUUGAUCUCGAUACCUUUUUGUUGACAACUUGUAAUGCAGUUUUGAUUCAAUGAUGUGUGCAUUGUGAUUUUGAGACAUGUUCCUCUGUGCUUGAGGGUCUGUGAAUUCAUGCCCUAAGCUUUCAAAUUCUAGCUAGCUUCAUCUGAGCCAUAGCAGCAGGACCAGGAAGCUUCUUCCGUAGAAGCCCCCUUAGGCUUUGACACUCUGCUUCAAGUUUUGCAAUCUUUUUCACACCUUCCAAAUGCUGCUUAGUUGCGAUUAGUCUUCAACUUUUCCACAUCAGCUUCAACUUUAGACCUCUCCUAAUCUUUACCAUCAUCUCAGUGAGUGCUGCAUUGUCAAAACUGAGACACACAAUCAUGAGGGGCUCUUACCAUUGGAGAUGGUCUUAUAUUUCUACUCAGACACACAAUCAAAACACAAAAGACUUCAACUGAAAUUUAUAACUUAUCAAAACUGACACAAUAGCACUACUAAUCUUAUAUAAAAACAGAACUCUGGUGUAAAUUAAAGCACCUGAUUCUCCGGAGAAGCUAAAUAGGACAAAGAACAAACAGGAGUUGACUCAUUUCCAACAACUGGUUUCUCAGUCGUGGCUUUGUCCGAAGACUUUCUCUUCCAUGGCCAAAUAUUUUUGGUAGUUUCAGUUUCAUUUUCGAUUAUUACAGUUGGAUUUAGGUGAACUUUAUUGGUUGGAGACUCCUGAUCUUAAAUUGAUAUUUAGGAUUAAAUAU